UUUGUGAGGUUAGGAAUUCUGUUUACACUUUUUUGAGUUUGUCCAUUGUCUGUGGGUGAGCUUUGUUUUAUUUUAUGUUUUUUUUAAUGAAUGGUUUUGCUUUUGCCUCAAUUGGAGUAUUACAAUCAUUAUGCCCCAAAAAAUCCAAAUACGCUUGGCAUCCCAUCGUGUGAGCACAUCUGUUGCAGUGAAUCAAAGAUACCCCAAAAUAUUCACCCCAGGAGAAGUGAUCACCAGUCAGAAUGAAUUCAUGAGGGGACACGGUACCUAUGAAGAAAACUCGGAUCUGAAGGCUUCAGUAGCUGGAGUGAGACAGCAAGUCAACAAUUUAAUAUCCAUAAGGCCCCUAAAAAGCAGGUACAAUGGGGAAGUAGGUGAUGUUGUUGUAGGAAGGAUAACAGAGGUGCAACAGAAAAGGUGGAAAGUUGCUACUAAUUCCAGACUUGACUCAGUGUUGUUGCUGUCUUCAGUCAAUUUGCCUGGAGGUGAACUGAGGCGUAGGUCAGCAGAAGAUGAACACAUGAUGAGACAGUAUCUUCAAGAAGGUGAUCUGAUUAGUGCAGAAGUACAGAGUGUUUAUUCUGAUGGGUCACUUUCUCUCCAUACUAGAAGUUUCAAAUAUGGCAAACUGUCUCAAGGUGUAUUAGUGAAGGUAUUUCCCUCUUUGAUCAAGAGGAGUAAAACACACUUCCAUAAUUUACCUAUUGGAGCAAGUGUUAUUUUGGGAAAUAAUGGUUUCAUCUGGAUUUGCCCAAUUAUAAACAAUUCUGAGGAUGGAGCAUCUGGUUUCAUUCAAAAUUUAGAAGAGGUUGUGCCAAGACAGGAUAGGGAAACAAUUGGAAGGAUCAGAAACUGUAUCUUGUCUCUGAGUCAGAGCAAAAUGAUGUUGUAUGAUACCAGCAUCCUUUAUGCCUAUGAGGAGUCUCUCAAAUAUACUGUGCCAGAGUUGUUGGUUCAGGAAGCUAUGGUAGAUGUUGCUAUUUUAACACAACAAAGAUUGUGUAUGUUGGAGGAUACAUAAGAAAUUAGACAUUGUUAUUUUCAUUCAAUUUGUUUUAUUUCCUUGGUUAACUACUAUUACUGUGAAAAAUUUGGAGAAAAUGAAGAAAUUAGCCAUUUAUU